AUGAGAAAUUGCAAAAUGGCCCGGGUCGCCAGUGUGCUGGGGCUGGUCAUGCUCAGCGUCGCCCUGCUGAUUUUAUCGCUUAUCAGCUACGUGUCCCUGAAAAAGGAGAACAUCUUCACCACUCCCAAGUAUGCCAGCCAAGGGGCGCCCCGAAUGUACAUGUUCCACGCGGGAUUCCGGUCACAAUUUGCGCUGAAGUUUCUAGACCCGUCAUUUGUACCCCUUUCGAAUUCUCUGACCCAGGAACUCCAAGGGAAACCUAAGUGGAGAUUUAAUCGGACAGCGUUUUUACACCAAAGGCGAGAAAUUCUUCAGCAUGUCGAUGUAAUAAAAAAUUUUUCUUUGACCAAGAAUAGUGUUCGGAUCGGACAACUGAUGCACUAUGAUUAUUCCAGCCAUAAAUAUGUUUUCUCCAUUAGCAAUAACUUCCGGUCACUACUUCCAGAAGUGUCACCCAUUAUGAAUAAGCAUUAUAAUAUUUGUGCUGUGGUUGGAAAUAGUGGGAUCCUGACAGGGAGCCAGUGUGGACAACAAAUAGAUAAAUCAGAUUUUGUUUUCCGUUGCAAUUUCGCCCCUACGGAGGCAUUCCAAAGAGAUGUUGGAAGGAAAACGAACCUUACCACCUUCAACCCCAGCAUCUUGGAAAAAUAUUACAACAAUCUUUUGACCAUUCAGGACCGUAACAACUUUUUCCUCAGUUUAAAAAAGCUCGAUGGGGCCAUUCUUUGGAUCCCUGCAUUUUUCUUCCACACUUCAGCAACGGUUACCAGGACAUUAGUUGACUUUUUUGUUGAACACAGAGGUCAGUUAAAGGUCCAAUUGGCUUGGCCUGGAAAUAUAAUGCAACAUGUCAACAGGUACUGGAAAAACAAACAUUUGUCGCCCAAACGGCUGAGCACAGGUAUUCUUAUGUACACCCUUGCGUCAGCAAUAUGUGAAGAGAUCCACUUGUAUGGAUUUUGGCCUUUUGGAUUUGACCCCAACACGAGGGAAGACCUUCCAUACCAUUACUAUGACAAAAAAGGAACCAAAUUUACCACCAAGUGGCAGGAGUCCCACCAGCUGCCUGCCGAGUUUCAGCUGCUUUACCGAAUGCAUGGGGAAGGGCUCACCAAGCUGACUCUGUCACACUGUGCCUAA